UCAAAAGAGGUCAGGAUUCGUCAAAGAAAAGUCUUCCCCAGAAUCCCCCACACGAUUCCUUCUUCCUCAGUCUUCCAAGUCGCCUCGCCGGAUCUUCCUCACUCCGAUCCACUUCCUUCCCUCCUCAUGUCUCCCUGUCCCUGAUUCCGUGUUUCAAAGGGUUUCCAGCGAUUUGGGGGGAAAACAAACGUGUGGGGUUAAUGUUUGAAGAGGAAAGAUGGAGACUUUGUUGUUUUUCAGGAGAUGAGAUUGCAAGUUGUCUCAUUUGUCGUAUUCACUCACUGGUUAGCUUCAAUCUGAGAGUAGUUUAGAAAGAUGGAUGAAGAGGCUUCUUCUUGGAUUAGGAGGACUAAGUUCUCUCAAACAGUCUCUUAUCGUCUCAACUCCUCAAAGCUAGCAUCUUUCCCUGUCAAAGUCAACCAAGACAAGACUCCUGGACUCAAAACAAGACCUCACACCACGUCGUCAUCAUCAACGUCUUCUUCAAGUAGUACGCAGGCUGAUGUGUAUGUUGUUGUUGAUUCCGAAGUGCAGAGAAACCCUGUGACUAACAAGCAGAGGUCUGUCUCCCCUUCCCCUCACACGCCUCUUCCUGAUGUCUUCAAGGAAGCUCAGUCCGAGCGGAAACGGUUUUCCACUCCGCAUCCGAGGAGGAUGGACUCUGAGAAGGGAAUGAAGCCGAAGCUGCUGACCCAUAAGAACUCCUUUGAGAAGAGGAGGUCGUUCAACUUGCGGUCUCCUUCGGUUCCCAUCAGAGAUCUGAGCACGCUGAGGAUUCAGGAGAGGGUGAAGAGCAUGAAGGACACCACGGGGUGGUCUAAGAUUUUCGAUAACGCUGGUCGGAAAGUGAGUGCUGACGAUGCUGCUGAAGAGUACAGGAUCGAUAUGUCGAAGCUUUUGUUGGGGCAGAGGUUUGCUCAUGGGUUGUAUAGCAAACUGUACCAUGGGAAGUACGAAGAUAAAGCUGUUGCCGUGAAGCUUAUCUCUGUACCUGAGGAUGACGAUAACGGAUGCUUGGGAGCCCGUUUAGAGAAACAGUUUACCAAGGAAGUCACCCUUUUGUCACGAUUGUCUCAUCCAAAUGUUAUUAAGUUUGUGGGAGCUUAUAAAGAUCCGCCUUCAUAUUGUGUCCUCACGGAGUAUUUACCUGAAGGGUCUCUAAGAUCUUUUCUGAACAAGCCUGAGAAUAGGUCUCUUCCUUUGAAAAAGCUGAUAGAGUUUGCUUUGGAUACUGCAAAAGGAAUGGAGUAUAUUCACUCACGACGCAUUAUCCAUCGUGAUCUUAAGCCGGAAAAUGUAUUGAUAGAUGCAGACUUUCAAUUGAAGAUUGCUGACUUUGGCAUAGCGUGUGAGGAGGAGUACUGUGAUAUGUUGGCUGAUGAUCCAGGGACUUAUAGGUGGAUGGCACCUGAAAUGAUUAAAAGGAAACCACAUGGGCGAAAGGCUGAUGUUUACAGCUUUGGACUCGUUCUAUGGGAGAUGGUAGCUGGAGCUAUACCUUAUGAGGAUAUGAAUCCUAUUCAAGCUGCUUUUGCAGUCGUACACAAGAACAUUAGGCCAGCUAUACCUGAAGAUUGUCCAGGAGCCAUGAAAGCUCUGAUUGAGCAGUGUUGGUCGGUUGCACCGGACAAGAGACCGGAGUUCUGGCAGAUAGUGAAAGUACUUGAACAGUUUAGGGUUUCACUGGAACGUGAAGGGAGCUUGAAUCUGACAUCAAGCAAGAUCUGCAAGGAUCCAAGAAAGAGUCUGAAACAUUGGAUUAAGAAACUUGGACCGCAAGGAGGAGCAGCAGGAGGCGGCAGCAGUAGCGGCAGCAGCGGCCUUGGUCGCUCUGCCAUGCCUAACCCUAAGUUCGCUUGAGAGAUGUGAAUGAGUGUCUUCUGUAUAUUUAUAUAUAAAAAAACAAAAAGGGUUGUGUGUUGUGUCCUGUCCUGUUUUGUGGGUUGUGAUGUAAUCUUUCAUCUGCUUCUCUAGAUUUGUUGUGUAAUGACAAUCAAACUGGGGAAUGGUUUGUGAUUUGAUGUUUAUGGGAUUCAUUAUCGUUUCUCUA